AUGGACACGUCGUCAACCCUCGCGACGAGCGCCACCCCGACAAUUCCCGCCGAACAGCUUGCCGCACUUACAUCGCUGCUGUCGGGACUCACCGCUGCCGCUUCCGGCACUACCGCACCCGCCACGACAUCCGGCUCCAAUCACAAUGCCUUCCCGAAGCAUGCGCGGUUGGACGGGCCGAAGACGUUCGCGAACUGGACACGCCAGCUUCGCCUGUGCCUAGCGGACGACAUCCGCUCCUACGUCCUCGACGGAAUCACCCCCGACGAUUGGACGCCUUCGCAACGCUCCGCCCGCGACGUCGUGGCACGCGAGAUCCUUGCAAACUCAAUCGACUCGGCCGAAGUCUCGGCAGUCCUCGACAAGAUCCCUACGGCCGACCUCACAGCGCCCAAGAUUUACUCGACGCUGAAAUCGCGAUACGCCCCUGAUGACGCCACUCGCACGCUCGAGCUCUUCUCGCGACUCUGGGGCUUCCGACCCAUGCCCGGAACGGUUGGCGAAUUUGACAGUUGGAUCAUGGACUUCAAGUCGGUCGCGCAAGAGAUCAUCGAUACGAAAACGACGAUCAACGACGUCCUUGCCACACUCCUCCUCGCGAUCGCCCACCCGUCACUCGAGAGCUUCAAGGCAACGUUCACCGACGAACAACGCACGCAACGAACUCUCCCUGACAUCGAUUCAGUGGCCGACCGUAUGCGAGUUCAACUCCGGUCAACGAACCUCUCCAACGAUCAAUCGGCCCUCCUUGCCUCGUCGUCGCCACGUUCUACCCGUACCAAGUGCCUCGCCUGUCGCAGCUCUUCUCACCGCGUCGCACAAUGCCCUACAAGGGCCCAGCAUCCACCGCCAGGCCCGUGUCGCUCCUGCAAGAAGAAGGACCACUGGUCUUUCGACUGCAAAAAGGCUCUUGAGGACGGGAAAACGCCCGACACCUCUGAUGCGCAACACCAUGUCGGAUGUCUCGCCACCGGUCUUCUCGCACAUCGUCGUCAGCUUCGCAACAACUCCUUCGUCGUCGACUCGGGUGCCACUUCGCACAUGGUCUCGGACAAGUCGCUGUUCACGGCCUAUCGCCACAUCGCUCCUACGAAGAUUGGUGGUAUUGCAGGGGGCAUCAACGCCGUCGGAACGGGAAACAUCGCCUUUGUUGCCGCCUCCGGUCACCCGAUCACGCUUACCGGCGUGCUGCACACCCCGGGCCUGUCUGUCAACCUCCUCUCGGUCUCUCGACUUUGCGACACCGACGAUGUCCGUGUCGCCUUCACGAAGCACGGCAUCCAUAUCGACAAGAACGGCAAUGCUAUCGCUGAAGGCGCAAGACUCGAGGAAGGGCUCUACUUGCUGGACGCUGAUCAUUCCAAAUGUCAGCAUCUCGCUCUCCUCUCUCGCUCACAGUCUUCCGUGCCCCUGCUGACCCUUCACCGCUGCCUCGGCCAUCUCGCACCGUCGUCCAUACAGAAGAUGGUUGCCGCUGGUUUGCUGGAAGGUCUCGGGGCCGGAUAUAGUGACGAAGAGGUAGAGAAGUUUGUCUGCAAUGCUUGCCUCAGUGCAAAGGGCCAUCGUCUUCCUUUUCCCGAUUCGGACUCGCACUCCUCAGAGAGACUCGGCCUCGUACACAGCGAUGUGCUUUCCUUUCCCGAGUCGUCCUUGACUGGCAAGCGUUACCUGGUCACGUUUCUUGACGACUUCUCGCGCAAACUGUGGGCAUACGCGAUCGGACACAAAAGCGAAGUCUUUGGCGUGUUCAAGACAUGGCUUGCCGAGGUCGAACUCGAGACGGGUGCAAAACUGAAGGUCCUCCGAACCGACAAUGGUGGCGAAUACUGUUCGAGAGCGUUCACGGAAUUCUGUAAGGCACGCGGCACACGUCGACAAUACUCUAUCCCUCGAACGCCUCAACAGAACGGUCGUGCCGAACGAGUCAAUCGUUCUAUCGUCGAAGGUGUCCUUGCCCUCCUUGCAGACGCCCACUUACCCAAAUCAUUCUGGGAGGAGGCAGCAGCUUAUUUCGUCUACUGCAAGAACCUGUGCGAACACUCGGCCCUGGACAAGGCAACACCGAACUUCGCCUGGCAGGGCGACCGCACCAACGCCUCGGCGCUUCACCCGUUCGGCUGCACGGCUUGGCUCACAGUCGCGCCUGAACUUCGCUCGAAACUCGACCCGAAAGCGGUUCGCGUUCUCUUCACCGGCUAUGACCUGGCUUCUAAAGCCUUCCGUUUCUACGACACGACGACCAAGAAGAUCAGUUUGGGCAGAAAUGCCAGGUUCCUCGACAACGAAUUUCCCGGGUUACGUAGCGACUCCACCGAGCAAGACGCCGACACGCACUUCGCCAGCGCUUGCCCGACCACCGAAUCCCAAGCCGUUGUCAAGACAUGGACCCCACUAGUAAGGUCGGCGCACAUGGACGUCUCAUCCUCUCUUGAUGACUCUGCCAUGAGCGCCGUUGACGUGGCCCCAGGGUACACUGGCGGAACCUUACUUAAUUCCACAGAUGCCGAAUCGUCCUCGUCACCGUCUCCUGAGCCGUCCUCGUCACCGUCGCCCGCAACUCCCUUGUCACCGUCGCCUGCGCUGUCACCGUCGUUGGCUGCGUCAUCGUCACCCUCGGCCUUACCGACCGACUCUGACUACUCCGCCGACCCUCUGGACCUCAUCGGCUCACAGACCCCGACUCGCCUCGGCCCACCGGACGUGCACCGCCCAGACUUCAGCACGUACCGUGAGCCCGCAUCGGCUGAGGAGUCGCCCGACGAACUCGACAUCAUUGGGCGCCACUCGCGCGAUGAAUCGCCGGACGAAAUCGAUUUCCUCACCCAACACCACCGCGCCUUCAUCGCCACCGACGACGACAACUCUGACACAGAAGCCAUUCAACCAGUCAAGUCCAUCACCAGCGACCCACAGACAUGGCGCGAGGCAAUGUCGAGUGACAAGCGCGAAGUGUGGGCCAAGGCCGCUACCGACGAGUUCAAUUCCAUGCGCGACGACUUCAAGGUCUUCACCAUCGAGGACCGAUCCACGGUACCAGCGGGUGCGACCAUCGUCACAUCCAAGUUCGUCUGGAAAACGAAACGGAAUGCACUCGGCGAAGUCACCGGCCACAAGGCACGGCUCGUGGCGCAGGGAAAUCGGCAACGCGACGGCAUCGACUUCAACGAAACCUUCGCACCAGUCGCACGCUUCUCCUCGAUACGCUCACUCCUCGCGCUGGCGGCCGCCAACGGCUUGCACGUGCACCAGGCGGACAUCGACAAAGCCUAUCUGCAUGGCGACCUUGACCAUGACAUCUGGAUGACGACACCGCGCGGCUUCGACCUUCCCACCGACAAGGUGCUUCGUCUGCGACGCUCCAUCUACGGACUCAAACAGGCUGGCCGAAUCUGGAAUCGACACAUCGACGCAUCGCUUCGAGAUCUCGGCUAUACGGCGACGGGCACCGACCACUGCGUGUACUCUCGGAUCGACGAUCGGCGACGCCCACACUACAUCGCGCUGUACGUCGACGACCUCCUGAUGAUCAGCCCCGACUUGGCCGAAAUUGAACGUGUCAUCUCGGGCCUCGAACAACGCUACGGCGUCAAGCGCCUCGGCCCGGCAGAGUACAUCCUCGGCAUCCAGAUCAGGCGACUCGAAGACGGUUCUAUUGCCCUGUCCCAGGAACGGUACAUCAUGGACGUGCUUGCUCGGUUCCACUUUGACACCACGACUCGCGGCACUACAGUCCCGAUGACCCCCGGCCUUUCGCUCACCGCCAUCCCGGGUCAAGGCACCGAACGGAUCAGGUCAUGGUAUCUGCAGGCUAUCGGCUCGCUCCUCUACAUUUCGCUCGGUACCCGCCCUGACAUCGCCUUCGCCGUGUCCUACCUGGCCCGCUUCGCCAACAACCCCGGUCGUCGUCAUUGGAUUGCGGUCAAGCACAUCCUACGCUAUCUCCGGGCCACGUAUCGCAACGAACUCGUGUAUGCUCGCGGCCAGGCUCGCAUCACGGGUGUGGUAGGCUACUCCGACGCGAACUGGGGGGCCUGCAUCGACACAUCGGUGUCCACCAUGGGCUACGUCUUCUACAUCGCUGGCUCGGCCGUGUCCUGGUCGUCCAAACGCCAGUCUCGAGUUGCCGAUUCGACCACCGACGCUGAAUACCUCGCCCUCUCGCAUGCUGGCAAGGAAGGGAUUUACCUCAGUCAGCUGCUCGAGGAGCUCCAUGUCCAACCUGUUGCACCGGCUCACAUUUUUACUGACAAUGAAGCCGCUGCCGCAGUUGCCCACGACCCUGUCCGCGUCUCCGGCACUCGACACAUACGCUUGCGCGAGCACUUUGUUCGGGACAUGGUGAAUCGGGGCGAUAUCUCACUCUCGCAUGUGGGAACCAGCAACAUGGUGGCCGACAUCUUCACAAAGGCUCUUGGCCCAAAGAUUUUCUCGACACACUGCUACGCACUAGGCCUUCGCACUCGACACCCACGGCUUGGAUCUGCCUCGCAUUCGCGUGGGGGGGGGUGUGAAGAGUCCACUCUCAGCUCGACAGGGGCGCCUCGGUCGUUGCGCGCGCCUGCUAGCCUGGCCCCUGUGGUGGGGACUUAGGCGCGCGCGAGUGCCUCAGCGCGCCGGCGCCGGCGGUUUUCGGGCGCGCGCCGCUAGCCCGCCCUUGCAGUGGGGACUUAGCCGCGCGCGACUGCCUCAGCGCUCCAGCGAUUUCGCCCGCGCCUGGGCAUAUCCCAGCGCGGGCCCCCUUUCCAUUUCUUAGCUUCCUUCUCAUCACUUCUGUUCGACUCUCGACUUCUCCUGACAGUAGUGGUGAUCAUCUCAUAGGUACGCUGAAAUAGAUCACUUCUGUUCGACUCUCGACUUCUCCUGACAGUAGUGGUGAUCAUCUCAUACGUCGUGGCCCCUCCCUCGCUUCCCAGUGCGCUCAGAGCGUUCGAGCGAGAUUUUCUCUCUCGAGCGGGUUUUGUGCCUGGGGUUCGAGAUUGGGAGGUGUGAUGACCGAGUUAAGUCCUUCCUUCCCAUUUUCCUCCCCUCCUUUCCUCCCUUCCUUUUCGGUCAGAAGCUGACUGUCUUGAAACUUGUUGCGCAGUGGAAGGCUGCGCACUUCUCCCUCUCUCUACUUUGUGCAGUAGUGGUUUUCGUUCUUGGAUGGAUCGGCAAGCCGGGUCGAUCGUCGUUGCGUUGGAGGCUUUGUGAAGUUCUCCCCUCUCUUUCCCCUUUCUCCCUUCCCUUCCUCUUCUCGUUCCUGUUGCUCGGUUGUUGACUACGCUUCAGCCACUUCUCCUUUUAUUCCUAAGCCGUGUGUUGGAUUCCGUCGAAUAGAUCGUUCGUUCGCGUUGGUCAAGAUCUACGGCAUGGAUCGGGAAGAAAGGUCACUCGUUUUUUUGGUCAAUAUCCUCGCGUCAAGGCGAGGCUUGUUUCGUUGUAUUGGAUCGUUUUCGCUCGGCCCCGACGGCUCAACAGCCAGCACUCGAGACUCAGCCAAGGGAGGACAUCAGGCGCUGUCGGGGUGACGAGUAG